UUUUCAGACGAGGAAUCGUAAUCUCUGAACUCGGAUUCGUCUGCGCUCAUAGGCCCUCUCGGUCUCAUCGCGAGCGACUCUCUGAAAUUGAAUAAUUCCUCUAGAAGUCAGUGAAGUGGAGAGGCGAGAGGAUUCUGGCGCUUCCCGAACGCUCGAGCGCAGUUUUGGUCACAGGUGGAGAUGUAGCAUCGGAAGAGUGAUGAAGGAAGAGUUUGUUGUGGGCACGUCCGGUCUUACCCUGUGUUGUGUUCUGUGAAGAGGGCGAGACAGAAUUAUAUUGAGGCGUCGAAUUUGUCCGGCGGUAGGGGCAUUGAACUAUGACAAUGCCGUUGUGCAGUGGCUCUGUCGCUCGCACGGGUGCACAGGCUCCGCCCUGCGUUCUACAUAUUGCGCUAGCGUCGCCGGUUUCCUCAGCCAGCUCUGCUGGUCUGAGAUCGUCUCUCUGGGGCAGCGCGAGCUCUGUUCAGUUGAGUUCGAAGGAUGGUAGGGUGUCGCUCCUUUUGCAUGCAUCAGAGCUUUCCAAGAACCUGGAGAGGACCUGGGGGAGAAGAAUGAUCGGUGGCAUCGCACGGUCUUAUAUGGAGAAUAAGAACCCUGUUUUUCAGUUUCUGAAUAAGCUUCAGGGGUCGUUGCCGCUUGUCAGCCUGGUGGCUCGAAUUCUGAAUCCGGAAGGUGGCGUCGGGAAUGAUAGAAUCCGGUUGGAGGAGUUUUGCACUCGCGUGGAAAGACGGAGUACUCGUGAGGCAGCCAGAGCAUUUUACGAAUUUUCAGAUCGGCAUGGAAAGGUCGCCAAGCCACAGUUCGUGUUGAUCUGGUGUUGGGCAGCAGCAUUAGGAGCGGGAUUACUCAGAAGCGAUGAUUUGAUUAUGGGAGCUUCCAGACUGCGAGUUUCCUACGAUAUUCAGUAUGAAGUUGAGAACUUCGAAGUCCUCAUGGAAGAAGCGUUGAAGAAACGAGAUAAGUCUGGAUCUCCAGUUCCUGAUGUCCCCAUCGAAUUGCGAGCCGAAAAGGCACUGGAAUCCAUAUUGCAGUGUUGCACGGGUAGACUAGAUAUCGAAGAGGAAGAUGCUCCGCUGUUAGCUACUAUUCUUACAACAGUUUUUCCCACUGCGGACGUUGGACAAAUAGAUCUUGCCAUCCAAUCUCGUAUGUUUGACCCUAAUAACGUUAGUUCGAACUCCAGAACUGCAUCUCUCUCAGAUGAAAAUGCUUCUGAUAAGAGCAGUGAACAGGAGAGUGAACUGGGAGAGGAGCAGACUCUUGGCCAGCCUGAAACGCUUUUCUCAGAAUUGUAGUAAUAAAAAAUAUUGCUGUCUUUAUCGCAAC